AUGAUGGCCAGACCUUGGAAGACACCACAGCUCCUGUUAGCCAUUCUGGUGGCCCUGGUGGCCUUUAGCUAUCAAGAAAAGAGGAAGACAUUUAUAAGUGUCCAUGAAGUAAGUGCAAUAGAAAUUUUUGUCCCAGGCACAUUGGAGUAUGUCACAGAAAUGUACAACAAAGAAAGUGAUGACUUGUACAACUUCAGGAUCAUCCGCAUCCUGAAGAUUGAGAAGCAGAUGACAGACCACAUGGAGUUACACAUCAGAGUGGAGAUGCGGAGGACUACCUGCUUCAAGACAGAGAAGAGCACCUGUGAUGUCCAGAAAGGGGAACUUUACAAGCAAAUCCGGUGCUACUUCGCAGUGUAUGUCAUACCCAUGUUUGAAAGAUACAAAAUUCUCAAGAAAAACUGUACCGAUAGCUGA